GAAGGAUAUGGAGUAAUAGUACUGAAUCCCAAUGAAAACUAUAUUGAAGUAGAAAAGCCAAAGAUACACGUACAGUCAUCUUCUGAUAGUUCAGAUGAACCAGCAGAAAAACGAGAAAGAAAAGAUAAAGUCUUUAAAGAAACAAAGAAGCGACGUGAUUUCUAUGAGAAGUAUCGUAACCCCCAAAGAGAAAAAGAAAUGAUGCAAUUGUAUAUCAGAGAAAAUGGUUCUCCUGAAGAACAUGCAAUCUAUGUUUGGGAUCAUUUCAUAGCCCAAUCUGCAGCUGAGAAUGUAUUUUUUGUUGCUCACAGCUAUGGAGGACUUGCUUUUGUUGAACUGAUGAUUCAGCGAGAAGCAGAUGUAAAAAGUAAGGUAACUGCUGUGGCAUUAACAGACUCUGUUCACAAUGUGUGGCAUCAAGAAGCUGGCAAAACGAUUCGCGAAUGGAUGAGAGAGAACUGUUGUAAUUGGGUCUCUAGUUCAGAACCAUUAGACACAUCAGUGGAGUCCAUGCUACCUGACUGUCCCCGAGUCUCUGCAGGCACCGACCGUCACGAGCUAACUUCCUGGAAGAGCUUCCCGUCUAUUUUCAAAUUCUUUACCGCCGCCUCUGAGGCAAAGACCAGCUCCCUCAAGCCGGCUCUGACGCGACGCUCCCACCGAAUAAAGCACGAAGAGCUAAGGAAAAUGCAUAAAAGUCUGUGAAGUACUGAACCCGCAUUACUGCUGAAAAUUCUUGUCAGUCGAAUGUGAGAUUUUACAUGUCUCCAAUUUCAGAAGAGACGUUGAAACUAAAACACUGAUGAGAUCUUUUAAGUGUGAAAGGUCCCAUUUUCAAUGCAAUUUCCAACUUUAUCAUUACAGUUGAUUUGUUAAAUAUAUAUAUUGAAUGGCAUUGUAAUUUAGAUAACACUUAAAUUUUGCUGCUUCAGUCUUGAUGUGGAGAAAGUUUAUUGUCUUUAAUCCUUACUGGAAUGAUCUAUCCUGAGCUUUCUUGGAGUUAGGCCCCGUUAGGGUUAGAAUUUUUUAUUGUCGUCAGGAAAAAUGAACUGUAUACUCGAGCCUUUUCCUUCUAAAAUACUAAGUGGGGCUCAACUGAGUCCUUCAGUUUUCUGCUCAAACGGGAAGAGAGAGACUUCUUGUGAUAGAUUUUCUCCUCUCAGUCCAGUAGUAUAAUUGUUAGCACUCCACUUCUUCUGGAGGGUUUUGCCCUACAGUUUCAACAAUUAAGUAUUUUAAUCCAGCCAAGAUCUGGCCAACACUGUGAAAUCCAAGAGAUAAAAUAAGUUAAGCUUUUGCUGACUUUUAAAUUAAAAUAUUAAAAUUUAACAUUAUCAAUUUUUAAUUACUUGAAGAAUUUAAUUACCUAGUGAAGACUGUUUCUAAUAGAUGAGGACCUGAAUUUAAUAUUUUUCAUCUUUUUAAAAAGUGUAUGCAGCAAUUAAUAUGCCUGCCUUAUUUGAGGACAUGAUAAAAUGUACCCAAAAUGACUUAGAAUUGAUGCCUCAGAAAAAUAACUUAAAAUCAACCACCUCAUGGAUAAAUGUUUUUAUAUUAUGAACCAAUUUCAGCAAGUUUUAAAACUGAUAAUAUCUCAUGCUGUGUUUGGCAUACACAUACAUUCAUUACUUCUAUAGUUUUAAUGGUGGCAAAUUAAUCUUUUUCCUGUAGUCAUAUCUACAUAUCUUUUGGUGUUAUUUAAGUAGAAACAACAUAGGAGGAAAAAUCAAAAUGACAUUUUAUUUAGCUCCUGGAUGGCUUAAAAUAUGAAACACCAACAAUGUCAAGCAUAUUGGUCUGUGAUAUUGACCAUUUUUAUCCACUCUUUCUUAUUUUAGAAGUAAUGGUGAACUGUAUAAAAUAAUGGUGUCUUCCAGUGAGAUGGUUUGAGAAUUGAUGUGGAUUGAAUAUGUUUUUCAAAGUGUUAGAAAUUGUGUGGUGUUUUCAGUAUAUAAAAUGUUCACAGGAAACUAAUUUUACAGUAUUUUUUUAAAAAGCCAACACUUGUGCAAUGCUGAAUUUGUGAAGCUUCUGCAGCUGAAUUAGAGUAAAGUAAAUAUGCUCAGCUUAUAAACUAAAUCAGUCUUAUUUCUUCUUUCCAAUUUUCUCACCUCUCUUUUUUAAAACCUUUCUUGUAACUAGAGUAAAUCACUGUUUAAUUGCCUUUAAUACUUUGGAACUACUGGAUUUUUAAGCCUUGUUUAACUAUCUAUAGAGAGUUAUUUGGAAACUUAAGUUGUGUAAAUGUAAUUUCUACUUGUGGAUCCGAGCUGUGGCAACCCAGGGGAAGCUAAGCAAACUGUUUCAGACCACCAACUGAUAACUGAUCAGAUUACUUGUAAGAUUUUUUAACCUGUUGAUUAUGGGUCUGUUGGUAUAAAUGUAAUAAUAUUGUUCACCUCAGUUUUUCUGAAGUAACAACAAGCCCGCCUGCUUGGGGGCAGCCAGUGUUAACGAUAUUUCUGUUCUGAUCUCCUCCCCAUUUUGGCUUCUUUAAGCAGGAUUUUAGGAGAGUAGAGGUUUAAAGUUAGGAUGCAGGCUUUUUAUUGUAAUUAUAUACUUAGUUCUUAGAGCAAAUGGAAUAAGAAAGGCGUUGUUGAUAAAUCUCAGAUUCAAAAUCGUCCUGUCAAAACUUAAAAGCCAGAUAAUUACUUUGGAGUUUUCUAGAGGUACCUAAACAUGCAGUUGUUAAAAGUUUUCAUGGAUAUUGAAAGGGAGACCAUCUACUUGUAAUAAUUGUUCUUUUCUCAAGUUUCUGCCUUGUGCUUCAACCUGGAUUGCAUUAUUAUUUAUAUGAAAUAAUAAUAAAGCACAGGAGUUUCCUAUAUACUAUAUAUUUCUGCUUACCAUUUUAAAAUAAAAGCAAUUUUCCCAACAAGCAGUGGCGUAUUAUUCUUGCUCAGAAAUUUCUUUGUUUACAAACUGUCUAGAGGUUUUAAAAGCAAAAAUGUAAAAGGAAUGAUGGGACAGUACUCAUCAAUAUUUUAACCUUCUAGAUACUUAUUAUUACUGUUAUUGUUGCCAUAAGAUAAUAUCCUAACUUCAGUUGAGUCACUAUUUGGCUUACACCUUUCACAAAGCUAACAUUUUUAGGACAUUUGUUUGUAAUAUCUAAAAUAUCUUCUUAACAAGGAAGUUUGAACCACCUGUCAUUAAACUAUUUUAUAAAAUAAACUUUAAUGUACCUUAUAAAUAAAUGUGUUUUCCAAAGGAGUAUGGUGAGAUUCAGUUGCUCCCAAAUUCCUGUAUAUAGGUCCUUGAUGUACUGUAUCCACUCUGAAAAUAGCUUGUUUAUGUUUACUUUACAGCCAUUCCUUCCUUAAAACCUGUAACUCCUUCGAGAGGGUAUGGUAAUAAGUUAGUUUUUUUUUCAUGUUUCUCUGCAUUAUCUGGAGUUCCAAUCCAAACAUGUGUGUCUUUUGUUAUAAUCAUAGUUUUUACUGUAAACUAACAGGUUCCUGUUGGUGUCUGUAAUUCUAAUUCAUUUAAGAAAAAUUACUAUUACAGAAAGUGUAAAAAUUUCUCAAAAACUUUC